UGCUGAUAAAAGCCAAUAUUUACCAUUUGCCUCAACUUCUUAAAUGCUGCUCAAAACAAAGCAAGAAUAAUUAAUUCAGUGCACAGCUUCAGGACGGAUUGCAGGGUUUGUUUCCCAUAGCUUUUAGCCUUCUAGUAGAUCCCUAAGGGCUUCUCAGCUUCGAUGCAGUCUCAGCUAGCCGCCGCACUGUUAGGGCAAAAUACUAAUGCAACUUCUACUCCCAAUCACUUAGAGGACGAUGAGAAUAAUAGUUUACGCGAGGAGGACACUGAGGUGGAACCGGAAGAGUUUGACGAGGAAACCGGCAGUGAGACUCCUCCAGAACUCCCUAUUGAGAAUGGCAGCGAAAAGCCUGUGGAAGUCAGGCAAGUGGUUGGCAAAGACCCCAGCAAUCGCACCGUCACCCUGCAGAUGCUUCUAUCUGCGGGCAUUCUAAAGCCUGGAGCUGGAGCGAUGACAAUCGAGUACCUUGGACAAAAGUUCGUUGGCGAUCUUCUAGACGACGGCAAAAUCCGCAGCCAGGAAACCGACAUAAUAUUCGCUUCGCCCAGCGCCUGGGCCAUUGCUUGCAAGCGUUUCAUCAAUCCGGAAAAAAAGUCGGGAUGCGGUUGGGCCUCUGUUAAAUACCAGGGCAAGAAGCUGGACGCCUACAAGAACGUCUGGUACAAGAAGAAAAAGGAGGAGGAGAAGGAGCUGGAGAAACAGCUGGAAAAGGAGCUUGCUGCUGCCAACAGUUUGAACUUGGAGCAGCUGCUGAAGUCGUCGGCAUCCAUUCCGACCACCUCCAACAGCACGACAACAACGAAUACUGCAAUGUUUCAGCGAUUUGUCGUCAAACACAACACUAUAGCCAAUCGGACUAUGACACACGACACCAACACCAUGAUCGAGUGCGUGCCGUUCUCAAAUCUGGGCAAAAUCCAGCCCUUCCUCGUCUCACUCCAUACAAAUGCCGCGCUGCUGAUGGACUUCCACUGCCAUCUCACCAAGUCGGAAGUAUCCGGCUAUUUGGCUGGCCACUGGGAGGUGAACUCGCAUAAUCUGCAGAUCACCCAUGCGUUUCCCUGCCGCAACACUAAGGCAGACCGAUCAAAUGCGGCGCAAGUAGAAUCGGAAAUAGCGCGAACUAUCGAAAAGGACAAGCUCACUUUGGUGGGUUGGUAUCAUUCGCAUCCGUUUGCUGCUGCGGCGCCCACUUUGAGAGACGUGGACGCCCAGCUGGAGUACCAGAUCAAAAUGAGAGGAACCCACGACAACAGCUAUACACCUUGUAUAGGAAUUAUCAUUUCUCCUUACAACUAUGAGAAUGUCAGCUUGGAGUCCUCAAUUAUGGCCUACUGGGUCAUUCCGCCGCCGGAGACUAAGCCCAAUGAGUACGGCCGCCCCAUGCUGAUGUCAUACAGUGUGGUGCAAGAUUCCGCGCUCUACCAGCCCGUUAAGGAGGAGUUAACCAAGUGCGUGGAAUACUACCAGAAGGAGGCCGACUUUAUCAGCUUCAGCGACAAAUUCGUGGGCACCACCCUGUAUAUAGACAAACUGAAAAACACGCUCAUUUCGAAAUUUCCACGAGAUGAGAGUGAGGGCGAUGUUUGGAGAUUCGUGAGGGAGUGCCUGAAGUGUUUAGUGGAGGAGAAAGAUCAGAUGGCAUCGGGGUCCAAACCCGCCCAUAUGCUGGCUGGGCUGACGCCUCCUGUUAGUCUCAAUUCGGGCCUCGGCAUGCUUUCCUCGGAUAUUUCCAGCUUGCUUUUCAACGCGGGAAAAUACUCGUCGCCCAGCAGUCUGCUGGGGCUGCCCGAUCCGAUGGCGGACACCACUCUGGCCGCGAACAACAUGUUCCUGCAAACGAAUCUCUUCAAAAUGCAGGAACUGCUCAAGCCCUUUUCUCCCACCGGAUCUUCGCAGUCCAGCUCCAAGUCCUCAAAGUCUGAGCAAAAGGCGCCGAAGGCGCCCAAAGAUUCCGGCCUGGCCAAAGCCUCGGACUUCUCAAUGGACUUGAUGCACUUCAAGGACAAAAUGAACUUUCUUUCGCCCGACUUGAAUAUGCUGCGAAAAGACUUGUCGACUGAAUAUCUGGCCAGUCUGAGCAAGGCCAGCAAACACCCGGAAAGUUACAUGCCGAAAAUGAACGCCAUCAAGUCCUGCUCGAGUCUGAUCAAUGACUAUAUGAUGAACGUGGGCAAACCGUCGCCUAACGCUGAAGACGACCGGCCUACCAAAAUGCCCAAAAUGGACUAUUUGAGCAGUAUGCUGGACUUGAGCUACCCGAAGACUUCUGUGGGCGCGGCCAGCACCAGUGCGGCUUCGGACACGGCCAGCGAUGCUCCUACUGAUCUGAGCAUACCCGAUAAUGCUCCUAGUGAAAACAUGGAGGUUGACGGUCCACUCAACUUAACCGGGGACUGAUUUACUUUAGUAAUCCUGCUUAGUAUUAAAUUAUCAAUACUCUUAUCGCCGUUAGGCCAAAUGGACGAAGGCUGUUUGGGCUUCGCUUGCGUUGGAUCUCAGUCAGUAUAAUUAGGGCCCUUUGUAUAUUGUUUUAUUUUUUUAUUGUAUGUUUUAUACUUGGCUUUUACCUUGGAUGUACUGUAUACAUAUGUCUCAGUAGAGCUUUAA